AUGGAACGGGAAGAGGAACUACAUGAAGCCUUCUUGAGCUCAAGCCAUGAUGAUGAAUCAUCACACGUAACAGAAUUCCGUCUGGAAGAGGUGCUAUCGGACACCACCAUACCCUUCUCCAAGCGCAUCCUCUCAGCCACAUGGAUCGAAUUCAACCUCCUAUUUCCCCUUGCAGGACCUGCAAUUUAUGUCAUCAACAACCUCAUGUCCCUCGUCACUCAAGCCUUCGCCGGCAAGCUCGGAAACCUCGAACUCGCUACGGCCAAUCUCGGGAACAGUGGCAUUCAGCUCUUCGCCUAUGGCCUACUGCUGGGUAUGGGAAGUGCUGUGGAAACUUUAUGUGGACAAGCGUACGGAGCAAAUAAGCAUGAGAUGUUGGGCGUGUACAUGCAGAGAACAAUUAUUCUUUUAGUUGUGACUGGGAUUCCAUUAACGGUGGCGUAUAUCUUCUGCGAGCCUAUUCUUCUGUUGUUGGGUGAACCCCGUGAGCUUGCUUCAGUUGCGGCGGUCUUUGUGUACGGUUUGAUCUCGCAGAUCUUCGGUUACGCGGUGAACUUCCCCAUACAGAAGUUUCUGCAGGCGCAGAGUGUGGUGGCGCCAAGCACUUACAUCUCCAGGGCUACGUUGUUGCUCCAUGUGUUUCUGAGUUGGGCGGCAGUGUACUGGUUUGAUAUUGGGCUGAUAGGGACCUCCUUGACACUGAGUUUGGGGGGCUUCUUCCUGCACCCCAAACUGAUUAUGGAAUCCGUGUAG